GCGCUGCGCGGCCGCGAGCGGCAUGGGGGCCGUGCUGCGCUCCGCGCGGCCGCUGCAGCUCACGCUGGCGAUGCUGAAGCCCGACGCCGUGGCCCACCCGCUGGUGCUCGAGGCCGUGCACGAGACCAUCCUGAAUAACAAAUUCCUCAUCGUGCGGACCAAGGAGCUGAUGUGGAGAAGGGAAGAUAGCCAGCGAUUUUACCAGGAGCACUCAGGGCGAUUUUUCUAUCAGAGGCUGGUGGAGUUCAUGGCCAGUGGCCCAAUGCGGGCUUAUAUCCUAGCCCAUGAAGAUGCUGUUGCAUGCUGGAGGUCUCUCAUGGGACCCACCAAAGUGUACCGAGCCCGAAACACAGCUCCAGACUCCAUCCGAGGAGCCUAUGGCCUCACUGACACGAGAAACACCACACAUGGCUCAGACUCGGUGGCAUCGGCCCGUAGAGAAAUUGCCUUCUUCUUCCCAGAGUUCAGUGAGAGUCUCUGGUACCAGCAGGACGAGCCACGUCUGCGCUGCGGCCUGGCACAGUACGACGCAGGGCAGCGUGUUCACAGCCUACCCAAGGCUGGCAGGACAGAGUCAUCCUAGAGCAGAGGAGGAGACUUACCAUUGACUAACCCCCUUGGAGAUGGGGAGGGCAUUGCCUUCCACGCAGGAAGUGCUGGUAGCAGCACCAGCUAGACUAUCCCUGUAACAAGGACAGGGAGCUAUGUAAUGUCUGUUACAGUGGGCGAAUACCAGCUGCAAUACACAUUACACCACGCUCCGGGGGAGUGUCGCACUUACCUCUGGCUGCACUUGUAGCACCUAGAUAGCAUGGAUGCUACAGACAAACCUCAGAUACCAGCAGGAAUCCAUUGAACUCCAGCAUGGCAGAGGAACCCCAGCCUGCAAUUCACCAGCACGGAGAGUGUGCUCGCACAUAACCUGGGUGCAGGGGGCUGCCCGCACAGGGCUGUGUGCAGGGGUGAGAGCACAGAUCUCGGUGAUGAGGAUGAGUGUGGAAUAUCUCUGUGAAGUGCAAAGACGAUCCCACUGCCUUGCCCACAUGCACUCUGGCUGUUCAUUACCAGUGACAGUAAUCUUCCUUGCUUAUCUAGUGCUUUCGUCUGUAAAGCAUUUCUCCAACACAGCCAUGGUGUGCUGCAGUAAUAAAGCUUUCUUUGCUGCA